AUGAAUAAAGUUAUGACGACACCUUCAAAUGCCAGUUUCUAUGGCUCAGACAUUGUCAAUGGCUCAAAUGCAGAGCAAAUAUCUUUGGCUUCGAAGAAAACUCUACACGAGCUGGAACCAGAGAAAAUGCAUAACCUGGAGCUACACCAACAAACUUUAAACAUACAAGCACAACAACCACAGAAGGAAACAAGUAAUCCGGUACAAACCAAUGGUAUUGAAGGUCCCUCCUCUUACCAGUACCAGCACAUGUCACAAAACAAAAGCAGAGGCCAACAAAAUUAUGCCAUGGACUACUCAAAUUAUUAUGCAAUGCAGCCAGGAUAUUCUGUAAUACAAAAUGCAGAGCUUUUGAACUCGGCAACAUCAAUGUCUACUGCUAAUAAUGGGUACUCCGACUACCAAACUGGGAUAAACCUGGUAGUCAGUCCGAUGGCACAAACGACUAAUCAGGACAUAGCUAUUUCCAAAUUGAAACAACAACAAUAUGCUCCUUCUCAAUCCCAAUUCACUCAACAGGUUUACUCCCAACAGAGCCCCUAUCUGAUUUUUCAGCAGCAAGAUUUCUAUGCGACAAAUUUUGGAGCAAAGUCUCGUAAUAAUCUGCAACAACUGCAAACGUAUUCUACAAAGAAUGGGUACCAAGCAUUUAAUUCAAACUCGCUGCAACUAUUAUACCAAGGCGAGAAAACUGGAUUGGAAAGUGAUGAGAAUGAUCUACGCCAUCGGCACAAUCAACAGCUGCAACAUCAACAGCUGCAACAUUUGUUAAAUCAAGCAUUCACUAACCCUAGCGCAAUGCUGUACACGCAAGUGUCUCUUCCUCAGUCUUCGCUUACUUACGCCUCACCAUCAGUUCUGCAGAAUUACCAGGGCUACCCCCCUCAGAGACUGUAUCAGCAACUGGUGUCUAAAUCAAAACCGCAGAUGGCCGUGUCUACCCGAAACCAACUGGUAUCGUCCACCCUUACAAACAAAUCAAGAAACUCAUCAACGUUUUCAAACAAUGACGAUCGUUCCAGGACAACAUCAAUAAGCAGCUGUAUACCACAAACUGAACCCCCUGCCAAUGUCGUGAGACCUCGUAUUGCUACCCUUAGUUGGGAGGAAGAGAAGACCAAUUGCUACCAAGUUCGAGCAAAGAAUGUUUUGGUUUCACGGAGAGAAGACAACAAUUAUAUAAAUUGCACCAAGUUGCUCAAUGUUGUUGGCAUGAGCAGGGGCAAGAGAGACGGUAUCUUGAAGACAGAAAAGGUUAAGAAUGUUGUUAAAGUUGGAACGAUGAACUUGAAAGGUGUUUGGAUUCCAUUUGAUCGUGCAUAUGAGAUUGCUCGUAAUGAAGGUGUAGAUGUGCUUUUGCAUCCAUUAUUUGUAAGAAACAUCAAGGAGUAUUUUCUUACUGAAGGUUAUAAGUUGAAAAAUGAAGAAGAUUUGGAGAAGCAAAAGUCGAAAGAAAAUGAAAGUGAUGAUAAAACCAAUCUCAAACUUUUGGACACACCGAUUCCCGAUUUUGACAAAAGCACCAGUUGUCCUACAGGUGGAUAUGCUACUUCUUUGGCGUCAAAUGAUUCCAAGGAAUAUGAAAUUUGA